UUGUGCAUUGAGACGCCGGCUGGUGUGCCGGAUUGGACCAGCAGCACGGACGGGCAGCGCGUCGUCGCUACUGCUGAUUUUCUAGUCGAGCUUAAUGGACGAGGCCCUCUUCCUCCACUGAAUCCAUUCAUCUCCAAAUCACGACCUUCAGCAGAGACAACCGCCGUUCGGCCGAAGCCAACAGCCAUUCUUCCUGCCUUUCCAGUUUUGCCAGUGACUGAACCGGCUGUUGGUAUGCCUUGCAUUGAGUCGACCGAGCUUGAGAGAAGUCCCCUUUUCGAAACCGAAGAAAGAGCUGUGAUUGGUGUCGACGGGGCUUCUGCUGGAGAUAUUUGGGCUGACUGA